CAGGAUAAGAAAUGCACUUACAUCAACUACCCAUUGACGACGACGAUUGUGGUCUUAAGGAGCCUGACUGAUUUUGUAUACUUGUUGAACAUACUUCUCCGGUUUAGGUUGGCUUAUUUAGAUCCUGAAUCUACCGAGCUCGGCGCUGGAGAGUUGGUAAAACAUCCCAAGAAGAUUGCAAAGAAUUACAUGCGUGGAUGGUUUUUGAUCGACUUGUUAAAUGCACCGCCUCUUCCCCAAAUCAUCGUAUUACUGGUUCUGCCAGGCGAGUUGGGAUCAUCGGGAGCCAAUUACGCUAAAAACCUUCUAAGGACAGCCGUUGUUGUGCAAUAUGUUCCCAGGUUGUGGAGGUUCUUACCACUUGUGAUUGGUCGGGCGGAGAGUGGCUUCACAUUUCAGACGGCAUGGGCAAACUUGGUUAUCAACUUUCUCACUUUUGUAUUGUCUGGCCAUGUAAUGGGAGCAUGUUGGUACCUCUUUGGAUUACAGAGGGUUAAUCAGUGCUUCCGUGAUGCUUGCCAUAAUUCUAAUAUUACCAAUUGCAUUAAUUUCAUAGAUUGUGGCCACGGUGAAGAAUUCAUGGAAUUAUCUCGCAACCCGGAAUGGAAGAAUUGGAUAAGUGAUGUGAAUGCGACUGCAUGUUUUACGACAAUUGGUGGUGGUGGUGGUGGUUUUUCUUAUGGGAUUUUUGCUCAGGCAGUCAACCUCACCACAGAAGAUAGUUUCAUCACCAGAUACAUAUAUUCAUUGUUCUGGGGUUUUCAGCAAAUCAGCACUCUUGCUGGAAACCAGGAACCAAGCUAUUUUGUUUGGGAAGUACUUUUCACAAUGCUAAUUGUUGGACUUGGCUUGUUGCUCUUUGCAUUUCUCAUUGGCAACAUGCAGAACUUUCUUCAGGCUCUUGGGCAGAGGAGAUUAGAAAUGUUUCUAAGGCGACGUGAUGUGGAACAGUGGAUGAAUCAUCGGCGUUUGCCACCAGAACUAAGGAGGACAGUGAAGGAAGCUGAACGUCAUAAUUGGGCUGCUACCAGAGGAGUGAAUGAAGAAGCGCUGUUGGAGAAUUUACCUGAAGAUCUCCGAAGAGAAGUUAGAAGGCAUUUAUUCAGGUUUCUCAAGGAAGUGGGCAUAUUUAAUAUGGAGAUCCAUGACAAUGAACUGGACGCCAUCUACGAGAAACUGAAGCAAAGAACAUACAAGAAGGGCAGUGAAAUCUUCUGCACCGGCGGAGUGGUGGAUAAGAUGGUGCUCAUCGUGCGGGGAAAGUUGAAGAGCACAGGUGAGGAUGGAACUGUAAUCACUUUGUCGCAAGGCCAAGUCUGUGGAGAUGAACUGCUAACAUGGUGUCGUCAGCAUGCUUCUUCAUUGAGCAAAGGUAUUCAAGUAACGGAAAUGGGGCAGAGAUUAAUCAGCCGGAGAACAGUAAAGUGCUUAACCCAAGUGGAGGUGUUCUUGCUUCGAGAAGUGGACUUGAAAGAUGUAGACAGCAUCCUCGCUGGGUGCUUGAGGAAUCCACUGGUCCAAGACGCCAUCAGGAAAGCAUCGUUGGUGAAGAAAAUCAAAGUUGCACCUCAAAAGAUUCAACUGCGUGGAGUUGCCAACAGAAGAGAGACUAGGGGAAAGGAGACUAGUAGCAGUACUGCGACAUGGGUCGGGAAAGCAGUGAACCGACGAUCUCCAAUCAACCAGGCAGCAAACAAGUAGAGAAAUGAACGGUGAGGCAAUUAGUGCAUUGGAACUGAAGACCAUCCAUCCAUCAAGUUAGUGUAGAAUUCGAUAAUGAAUGGAAGAAAAGAAUAGAGAUUUACAUGAUGCAUGUCCCCGCUCAAUGUGAACGGGACAAAUCCACAGAGAGUUGGAGCUCUCGAAGAAAAACUUAAAUGAUUGUAUUACCUCUUUUGUUCUGCGACAAGAGGAGCC